ACCACUCUGUGUGGGGAACAUGAGAGCCAGACCAAAGCUCAGAGGAACCAACCUGAACCUGAACCUGAACCUGGACCUGAACCUGGACCUGAACCCAGCUGUGUGUCCUUAAAGAGCGACUGGUCAAUGGAUCGUCCUGUUAACUAUAAAUCAGGUGUUCCUCCUCCUGCAGAGAGAGUGGAUCAGGAGAGCUCAGAGGUUCCCAGUGGUCAGUCUGCCCAGCAGCAUCAAACACAGCUGGACUCCAUAUUUAUGCUGCUGGAGGACAACAUCAUCACUUUUGUGAAGAAUGAGCUGAAGAAGAUUGAGAAGGUUCUGAGUCCAGAUUACCCAGAAUGCUUAGAGAGUCAUGGGGAGGGUGACGCAGUCUUGGAGGUUGAGGAUGAAGAGCAGAAGAGAAGUAGAGAGGCUUUUGUGAAGAUCACACUGCACUUCCUGAGGAGAAUGAAGCAGGAGGAGCUGGCUGACCGUCUGCAGAGCAAAUACAUUGCUCUACUCUGUCGACAAGAACUUAAAUCUGCUCUGAAGAAGAAGUUCCAGUGUGUGUUUGAGGGCAUCGCUAAAGCAGGAAACCCAGCCCUUCUGAAUCAGAUCUACACAGAGCUCUACAUCACAGAGGGAGGGACUGCAGAGGUCAAUGAUGAACAUGAGGUCAGACAGAUUGAAACAGCAUCCAGGAAACCAGACAGACCAGAAACAACAAUCAGACAAGAAGACAUCUUUAAAGGCUCACCUGGAAGACAUGAACCAAUCAGAACAGUGCUGACAAAGGGAGUGGCUGGCAUUGGGAAAACAGUCUUAACACAGAAGUUCACUCUGGACUGGGCUGAAGACAAAGCCAACCAGGACAUUCAGUUCAUGUUUCCAUUCACUUUCAGAGAGCUGAAUGUGCUGAAAGAGAAAAAGUUCAGCUUGGUGGAACUUGUUCAUCACUUCUUUACUGAAACCAAAGAAGCAGGAAUCUGCAGCUUUGAAGACUUCCAGGUUGUGUUCAUCUUUGAUGGUCUGGAUGAGUGUCGACUUCCUCUGGACUUCCACAACACUGAGAUCCUGGCUGAUGUUACAGAGUCCACCUCAGUGGAUGUGCUGCUGACAAACCUCAUCAGGGGGAACCUGCUUCCCUCUGCUCGCCUGUGGAUAACAACACGACCUGCAGCAGCCAAUCAGAUCCCUCCUUGGUGUGUUGACAUGGUGACAGAGGUCAGAGGGUUCACUGACCCACAGAAGGAGGAGUACUUCAGGAAGAGAUUCAGAGAUGAGGAGCAGGCCAGGAGGAUCAUCUCCCACAUCAAGACAUCACGAAGCCUCCACAUCAUGUGCCACAUCCCAGUCUUCUGCUGGAUCACUGCUACAGUUCUGGAGGAUGUGCUGAUAACCAGAGAGAGAGGAGAGCUGCCCAAGACCCUGACUGAGAUGUACAUCCACUUCCUGGUGGUUCAGGCCAAAGUGAACAAGGUCAAGUAUGAUGGAGGAGCUGAGACAGAUCCACACUGGAGUCCAGAGAGCAGGAAGAUGAUUGAGUCUCUGGGAAAACUGGCUUUUGAUCAGCUGCAGAAAGGAAACCUGAUCUUCUAUGAAUCAGACCUGACAGAGUGUGGCAUCAAUAUCAGAGCAGCCUCAGUGUACUCAGGAGUGUUCACACAGAUCUUUAUAGAGGAGAGAGGGCUGUACCAGGACAAGGUGUUCUGCUUCAUCCAUCUGAGUGUUCAGGAGUUUCUGGCUGCUCUUCAUGUCCAUCUGACCUUCAUCAACUCUGGAGUCAAUCUGCUGGAAGAACAACAAUCAACCUCCAUAUGGUCUACAUUUUUCAAAAAGUCUAAAUUACAAUCUUUGCACCAGAGUGCUGUGAACAAGGCCUUACAGAGUCCAAAUGGACACCUGGACUUGUUCCUCCGCUUUCUCCUGGGUCUUUCACUGCAGACCAAUCAGACUCUCCUACGAGGUCUGCUGACACAGACAGGAAGUAGCUCACAGACCAAUCAGGAAACAGUCCAGUACAUCAAGAAGAAGCUCAGUGAGAAUCUGUCUGCAGAGAAAAGCAUCAACCUGUUCCACUGUCUGAAUGAACUGAAUGAUCGUUCUCUAGUAAAGGAGAUCCAACAGUCCCUGAGAUCAGGACGUCUCUCCACAGAUAAACUGUCUCCUGCUCAGUGGUCAGCUCUGGUCUUCAUCUUACUGUCAUCAGAAGAAGAUCUGGAUGUGUUUGACCUGAAGAAAUACUCUGCUUCAGAGGAGGCUCUGCUGAGGCUGCUGCCAGCGGUCAAAGCCUCCAACAAAGUUCGGCUGAGCAGCUGUAACCUGUCAGAGAGAAGCUGGGAAGCUCUGUCCUCCUCUCUUCAACUAGAAGACUGCGAGCUGACAGAGCUAGACCUGAGUAACAACAACCUGCAGGACUCAGGUUUGAAGCUGCUGCUUGCUGGAUUGGAGAGUCCCCGCUGUAAACUGGAGACACUCAGACUGAGUCUCUGUGACAUCUCAGAGAGAAGCUGUGAAACUCUGUCCUCAGUUCUCAGCUCCCAGUCCUCUAGUCUGAGAGAGCUGGACCUGAGUAACAAUGACCUGAAGGACUCAGGAGUGAAAAUUUUAUCUUCUGGACUGGAGAAUCCACACUGUAAACUGGAAACACUCAGGCUGUCAGGCUGCCUGAUCACAGAAGAAGGUUGUAAGUCUCUGGUCUCAGCUUUGAGCUCCAACCCCUCCCAUCUGAGAGAGCUGGACCUGAGCUACAACCAUCCAGGAGAGGCAGGAGUGAAGCUGCUGGAGCAGCUGAGACUGGAAACUCUCAGGGUGGAGCCUGCUGGAGUCCGAUGGCUGAUCCCAGGUCUGAGGAAGUAUUCCUGUCAACUCACAAUCGAUACAAACACAGUGAACACAAAACUACAACUGUCUGACAACAACAGGAAGGUGACACAUGUGAAGGAGGAUCAGUCAUAUCCUGAUCAUCCAGACAGAUUUGAUCAUUGGCCUCAGCUGCUGUGUAGUGAUGGUCUGACUGGUCGCUGUUACUGGGAGGUCGAGUGGAGACGAGAGGUUGAAAUAUCAGUGAGUUACAGAAGAAUCAGCAGGAAAGGAAACAAAGAUGACUGUGUGUUUGGAGAGAAUGAUCAGUCUCGGAGUCUCUUCUGCUCUGAUGAUGGUCCUUUGGGAGUUUAUUACUCUGUCUGGCACAAAAAUAGAAGAACUACCAUCCCCUCCUCCUCCUCUGUCUCUAACAGAGUAGCAGUGUAUGUGGACUGUCCUGCUGGCACUCUGUCCUUCUACAGAGUCUCCUCUGACACUCUGAUCCACCUCCACACCUUCAACACCACAUUCACUGAACCUCUUUAUCCUGGAUUUACAGUCUGGUCUCAUGGUUCCUCAGUGUCUCUGUGCUGA